AUGAACUCGAAAGUUGCCCCGCCCGGAUUAACAAAUAUAACAACAAUGAUGUGUGGCUCUUGUUCAAACGAAAAUGCUUUCAAGUCGAUAUUCUUCUGGUAUGCAGAAAAGAAAAGACAGGGGGCUCCAUUCACAAAAGAAGAAAUGGAAAGUUGUAUGAUAAACCAGGCUCCAGGAGCUCCUCAAUACUCUAUUAUGUCAUUCAAAGGUGCUUUCCAUGGAAGGACUAUGGGUGUAUUGUCAACCACUCACAGCAAAUACAUCCACAAAAUUGACGUUCCAGCCUUCGAUUGGCCAAUCGCAUCAUUUCCAAAAUACAAAUAUCCACUCGAGGAAAAUGUUCGAGAAAAUAAACAAGAGGACGAAAAAUGCCUAGCAGAGGUGGAAGACUUAAUUGUUCAGUACGAGAAAAAGAAUAUUCCAGUCGCUGGUAUAAUUAUUGAACCGAUUCAAGCCGAAGGAGGCGACAACCAUGCAUCGCCAGCAUUUUUCCAAAAACUGCAGGCAAUUUCGAAAAAGCAUGGAGCGGCACUUUUGAUUGAUGAAGUACAAACUGGAGGUGGACCAACGGGGAAAAUGUGGUGUCAUGAACACUUUGAACUCGAAUCUCCACCGGAAGUCGUGACCUUUAGCAAAAAAAUGCAAAUUGGCGGAUUCUAUCACAAUCCAGAUUUCAGGCCAAAACAGGCAUACCGAGUUUUCAACACAUGGAUGGGAGAUCCAAGCAAAUUGAUUUUACUCGAGGCAAUUGUUGAUGUAAUUUUCAAAGACAAUUUGCUCGCCAGAGCCGCUCGGGUUGGAAACUACAUGUUAAAGCAAUUAACAACUUUGCAAAAUGAACAUCCUCAUUUGAUCAACUCUGCCAGGGGUCGAGGAACUUUUAUUGCAUUCGACUGUGCAACUCCUGAACUUCGGGAUGCGACCGUCAAAAAACUACUCGUGAAAGGAAUCCAAUCCGGAGGUUGUGGAGAGAAAGCGAUAAGACUCAGGCCUGCUCUCACUUUCACUGAACAUCACGCUGAUAUUUUCCUCGACAACUUGCGCUCAGUUUUAACUAAAUAAAUUUAUUCAACGUUGUUAAUAAUCCAACGUCUUCCAAAAAUUACAAACAUAAAUAGUAUUCCAGUUUUAUGGUGCAAACACCACAUUAUUUUUGUAAAACAGUUUAUGAGUGUUCGUGAAUCACAAAUGAAAUGUAUUUAUUAUUUAAAAGGGAAAGAAAGAGACAACGGAUGAAAGAAGUUUUGUAUUGUACGUUUACCUUUAUAUUAUGUAUUUCUCUUUGAUUUUAGAUUAUUAUUAAAAAACUUUAAUUCAUGUAUAAUUAAUCUUGCUAUAGUUUCGAAAGACUGUUUAUUCAAACAUUUCUUAGUUCGAAGGGUUUUUAAACUUUCGAAAAUAUUACUUUUUCUUGGAUUUCUGGUAAUCUGAUUUCCUGUUCCUAUAUUUAAUAAUUUCUAUUUCUCAAGUAUUAAAAAAAAUAUAUUUUUUCAUU